AACCAACCAACACCAAACAUAUGAAAGGUUUCAUAGAACUACCUAAAAUCUGAUUCAGCAAUUCUGGAUUGUAUCAAUCUAUACAAAACUGCGUAGUUAUCCAGAAUUCUGUACUUUCCGUGUGAGAAUAAAACACAAUUUCUUACAAAUUCCAAGGAAACUUCUUUAAAUAGCCUUUGCCACAUGCUGAAAAUCAAUAUUUAUAGUUGAUCAAUUGCUGUAGUUUUGUGAAGGCUAACAUUUGAGUUGAGACUCGUUUCUUGAAUUUUGAUCUUCUGUCGGAAAAUGGAGAAACUAGCCAAAUUGAGCAUAACAGAUGAAGAAGAGCAUAAAUUUAGUGGGCUUAAGUAUCAGAGCGGAUUCGGUAACCAUUUUUCAUCAGAAGCCAAGCCCGGUGCAUUGCCUGUGGGGCAGAAUAAUCCGUUGAAGUGUCCGUAUGGCCUUUACGCCGAGCAAAUCUCAGGGACCGCAUUUACAGUGCCUAGAAAAUCCAACCAGAAGAGUUGGCUGUAUCGUAUCAAGCCCUCCGUGACACAUGAACCUUUUCAUCCUAGGAUUCCAGCACAUGAUCAUCUGAUUAGUGAAUUUAAUCAGUCCUUAACUUCAGCCACACCUACACAAUUGCGUUGGAGUCCUGUGAGUAUUCCAGAUACUAAAACAAACUUUAUUGAUGGACUAUUCACAAUUUGUGGAGCGGGCAGUUCAUUUCUUCGACAUGGAUUUGCUGUGCACAUGUAUGCUGCAAAUGCAUCUAUGGAAGGCUGUGCAUUUGCAAAUGCUGAUGGAGACUUUUUGAUAGUUCCUCAACAAGGAAGAUUAUGGAUAACGACAGAAUUGGGAAGAUUGCAGGUAUCUCCAGGUGAAAUAGUUGUUUUGCAACAAGGUUUCCGGUAUUCUGUUGAUCUACCAGAUGGGCCCUCACGGGGGUAUGUUGUAGAGGUUUUUGGUGGCCAUUUCCAACUUCCUGACCUUGGUCCAAUUGGUGCAAAUGGACUUGCUUCCCCACCUGACUUUUUGACCCCUACAGCAUGGUUUGAGGAUAAAGAAUAUCCUGGCUACACUAUUGUCCACAAGUUUGGAGGUUCACUGUUUACUGCAAAACAGGAUUUCUCUCCGUUCAAUGUUGUUGCAUGGCAUGGCAGUUAUGCUCCUUACAAGUAUGAUCUGGAGAAAUUCUGUCCUUUCAAUACUGUUUUAUUUGAUCAUGGCGAUCCAUCCAUCAACACAGUUCUCACAGUACCAUCAGAUAAGCCAGGAGUAGCUGUGGUUGAUUUUGUUAUUUUUCCACCACGUUGGGUGGUAGCAGAGCACACCUUCCGUCCUCCAUAUUACCAUCGUAACUGUAUGAGUGAAUUUAUGGGCCUGAUCUAUGGUAAUUAUGAGGCUAAAGCAGACGGAUUUGUAGCUGGCGCUGCAAGCUUGCAUAGCUGCAUGACUCCGCAUGGACCAGAUACUAGUACUUUUGAGGCAACAAUAGCAGGAGGAAAUGAUGCAAAGCCAACCAAAAUAAAAGAUACGAUGGCCUUCAUGUUUGAAUCUUCUCUGAUACCUAGAAUCACACCAUGGGCUCUGAACUCUCCACAUAGAGAUCAUGAUUAUUACAAGUGUUGGAUUGGUCUCAAGUCCCAUUUCAAUCAUGAAAAUGCCACUGAGGAUGUGCAGCCUGCAAAUGGGUCAUUAGACAGUUGACAGUUAUGAAAUGGGUACAUUGGCGAGGCUGCAUGUAAAUAUGUGUAUUAGAGCGCUCUGUUAGCUCAUUCCCAUCUAUAUUUAGGAUAUAAUUUGAUGAUUGCCCAUAUAUUAUUCGUAGCAUAGAUUGGAAUGGUGUUGCUGACCUCGUGGGAGGUAAUAGCAGAUUAUUGUCUGAAAUAUGGCUUCAGCAUUCUCUUAGGAACAAAGAAUGCUGCUUAAUACAACGACCUACAGUAUUUAGAUAUCAAAUGGCAUGCCGUAUUUGGCUAUCUUCUUGAUAGAUAUCAAUGAUAUAAACUCCAAAUAUUUUUUGGGUGAA